AUGACACGCGACACUGACGAAUCCGACGACCCAUCCCAAAUCAGCAUAAACUUAGAGGAUGACGAGGGCUACCACCUUAAACAGUUUUUCGAAAAGGGGCUCGAUGCACUCUUAACGGACCCACACUUUUUGUUGCUGUAUGUGCCAGAGGAUGGAGCCAACAGGAUGCAAAUUAUAAGACCUGCCACCAAUUUACUCCAUCGAAAACGCAUGAUCAAAAGGGUUAAUGAAACAAAAAAGGGCAUCCCAUCCUUUUAUUACGCUCUAUCGCACCUCUGGGGGGUCUCCAAAGACAACCGGUACCACUGGAAUGAUAUCAGCGAAUAUGUGGAAGAUGAAGAUGGACAACCUGUCAAACCUGUUUCCAUGAGACCAGAGAAACGAGAUGCAUUGUUAAUGCUACUCAAGGAUCAUCCUGAUAGUUAUUGGUGGAUUGACGUCUUGUGUGCACGUACUGAUACACCGCUCGAUAUCAUGGGUGAUAUCUAUGCUUGUUGCCUUGAGUGUAUUGCCAUGGUCGACUGUGAGCCUAAUGUGAUACCACAACUACAUACCAUGAAGGGCGAGGAAAAAGAGGAUUUCAAUGACGUGUUCGAUGAUAUCGUGAAUAUAAGUCAAGAUUCAUAUCUUCAAGGCAAGCAAGCCUAUAAAGAUUACCCCCAACUGAUGGAUUGCGUGCCUACAUUUAUGGAAAGUGAAUGGUGGCAACGUGUUUGGACUUGGCAAGAAAUGGCUCUACCUGCCGGAGAUGUGCAUUUUAUGUCAGAAGUAGACACCCAGCGACUUGAAAAGAAUACGAUCACUCUGGAGGACCUAAUUAACAGUUGUAUACAUGCUUUACGCAUUAAUUUCUAUUUUUGCAUGGAAAACAAUAGGUUUGUUACAGCAUUAGACGCUAUGAAAAAAGAACCGGAAGCCUUUGGCUGGGGAUGUGUACCUCUCAAGCAUCCCAUGGGUACACCGGCCCAAUUUGGAGGACUAAUGUAUUGGCUCGCUAACGUAAACCAAGCCAGAGCCUUCAACGAACGUCGACUCAAAAAGAAAAAGAGCGCACAGGAACUUCUCGACCUGUUUGGUGCAUUGGGUGGUUCCACUCGACGAUGCAUGGAUCCAGUGGACUAUGUCUAUGGUGUGCUUGGCAUGUUCCAAUUCAAAAUUCCAAGGACACUUGAGUCGGAUCAAGUUUGGCGGUAUUUUUUGUCUGAGAUGAAUAAUUACAUUGAAGAUAUCAAGAACGAAGAGGUCAUGCUUAACCCUCACUAUGGAACGAUGGCAAGAAUAACUGGAGUCAGUGAUAGUGCAUACGAGGUCGAUUUGCUGGAAGCUGAAAAUAUGGCUGAUGUAUACAGAGAUUUACUAGCAACGCAGGAAUUUCUCUCGAGUGACGAAGAAUAA